ACAGCUCUGAGUCGGAUGAUCCACAGAUUCUGAUCUGGAAAAAAAAAACAAAAAUCGCCUUGUAAUGGAGAUGUAAUGGAGUGUUGGUGAUUGUUCUUCUUUAUUUUAAUUUUACACAAAACUAAAAUAAUUUGUUUCCAAAGGAAAAGAGUGUGAUAAUGGGUCAAAAUCAAUCUGGGAGUGGAAGCGGUGGAGACAAGAAAGACGACAAGGAUAAGAAAAAGAAAUAUGAGCCUCCAAUUCCUACAAGAGUUGGAAAGAAGAAGCGUAAAGCGAAGGGGCCUGACGCCGCAUUGAAGCUGCCUCAAGUGACGCCACACACGCGUUGCAGGCUCAAGUUGUUGAAGCUAGAAAGAAUCAAGGAUUACUUACUCAUGGAAGAAGAAUUUAUCCGUAAUCAAGAAAGACUUAAGCCCCAGGAGGAGAAAAUUGAAGAGGAAAGGUCUAAGGUUGAUGACCUGAGAGGGACGCCCAUGUCUGUUGGCACACUGGAAGAGAUCAUAGAUGACAAUCAUGCCAUAGUUUCAACAUCAGUAGGCAGCGAGCACUAUGUCAGCAUCCUGUCCUUUGUGGACAAAGAUCAGCUGGAGCCCGGCUGCUCAGUUUUAUUAAACCAUAAGGUCCAUGCAGUGGUUGGUGUGCUGGGUGACGACACAGACCCCAUGGUGUCUGUCAUGAAACUGGAGAAGGCUCCACAAGAGACCUACGCUGAUAUUGGUGGGCUAGACACUCAGAUCCAAGAAAUCAAGGAAUCAGUGGAGUUGCCUCUAACCCACCCAGAGUAUUAUGAAGAGAUGGGCAUCAAACCUCCAAAAGGUGUCAUUCUUUAUGGACUUCCUGGCACAGGCAAGACCUUGCUGGCCAAGGCGGUUGCUAACCAGACAUCUGCAACAUUCCUGAGAGUGGUUGGCUCUGAACUGAUUCAGAAAUAUUUGGGUGAUGGUCCAAAGCUAGUCCGUGAAUUGUUCCGAGUGGCGGAGGAGCAUGCACCAUCCAUAGUGUUCAUAGAUGAAAUUGAUGCUGUGGGUACCAAACGUUAUGACUCAAACUCUGGAGGUGAGAGAGAAAUUCAAAGGACUAUGUUGGAGCUCCUGAAUCAGCUGGAUGGAUUUGACUCUAGGGGUGAUGUUAAAGUUAUCAUGGCAACAAACAGGAUAGAAACAUUGGACCCUGCUCUCAUUCGUCCCGGCCGGAUUGACAGGAAGAUAGAAUUCCCACUGCCAGAUGAGAAAACAAAGCGAAGGAUCUUUACUAUUCACACAUCAAGAAUGACCCUUGCAGAUGAUGUAAACCUGUCAGAGCUUAUCAUGUCAAAGGAUGAUCUUUCUGGUGCAGAUAUAAAGGCUAUUUGUACUGAAGCUGGGUUGAUGGCCUUACGAGAGCGACGUAUGAAGGUUACUAAUGAAGACUUCAAGAAGUCCAAGGAGAGUGUCCUUUAUCGCAAAAAGGAAGGUACCCCAGAAGGCCUUUAUCUUUAAUUACAUUACUUACACACCUUUCCCAGGAUUUCUUGAAUCUAUUUAUAUUAUUCUACAUCUAACAAAAUAAUAGAAGGAAUAUUCUAUAUUCUUGAAUACAAUAUUGAUGUUAACAUCUUUGCUUGAAAUAAAAUGAUUGAACACGAA